GACAAGUUGGCAGCAACAACACGGCCCUGGUCGUCGUCGCCGCUGCGGUAACGGAGCGGCUCGGGUGGCGGAGCCCACGUUCGCGCCCGCCCGCUCUCCUCUGAAGGCCCUUCCCGCCCUCCUCUCAACUCCACAGCCGCUCAGGGGGCGGGAGCGGGUGAGGGGAGCCGGGCGCCCCGCGAGAGAGGCACCCCGCCGCGGGGCGGCCCGGGAGCUCGAGGCGGCCCGCGCAGGCAGCGGCGCGGCGCCGAGGAGGGGCGGCCUGGCCCGGACGCGGCGGGGCGGGGGCGGAGGAGCGCUCCGGUCCGCCGGGGGAGCGACGGGCCCGGCGCCUCCGCGGACGAGCGGCGGCGGGAGAGCGGACACUCCUUGCCAUCGCCCGAGCCCAGGUUAUCCCGAAUACCACAUGCCUAAUAAUUUUCCUUGCAACGUUAGCCAUUGUUUUUCACUGCCUCCAAAAGAUCAAAAUUUCUCCGGAAAUUGGAGACAUAUUUGAUUUAAAAGAAAUAACUUUAACAAAUGGACAAUAUGUCUAUUACAAAUACACCGACAAGUAAUGAUGCCUGUCUGAGCAUUGUCCAUAGUUUGAUGUGCCAUAGACAAGGCGGAGAGAGUGAAACAUUUGCAAAAAGAGCAAUUGAAAGUUUGGUAAAGAAGCUGAAAGAGAAAAAAGAUGAAUUGGAUUCUUUAAUAACAGCUAUAACUACAAAUGGAGCUCAUCCUAGCAAAUGUGUUACCAUACAGAGGACAUUGGAUGGGAGGCUUCAGGUGGCAGGUCGGAAGGGAUUUCCUCAUGUGAUCUAUGCCCGUCUCUGGAGGUGGCCUGAUCUUCACAAAAAUGAACUCAAACAUGUUAAAUAUUGUCAGUAUGCGUUUGACUUAAAAUGUGAUAGUGUCUGUGUGAAUCCAUAUCACUACGAACGAGUUGUAUCACCUGGAAUUGAUCUCUCAGGAUUAACACUGCAGAGUAAUGCUCCACCAAGUAUGUUGGUGAAGGAUGAAUAUGUUCAUGACUUUGAGGGACAGCCAUCAUUAUCAACUGAAGGGCAUUCAAUUCAAACCAUCCAGCAUCCACCAAGUAAUCGUGCCUCAACGGAGACGUACAGCACCCCAGCUCUGUUAGCUCCAUCUGAGUCUAAUGCUACCAGCACCACCAACUUUCCCAACAUUCCUGUGGCUUCCACAAGUCAGCCUGCCAGUAUACUGGCGGGCAGCCAUAGUGAAGGAUUGUUGCAGAUAGCUUCAGGGCCUCAGCCAGGACAGCAGCAGAAUGGAUUUACUGGUCAGCCAGCUACUUACCAUCAUAACAGCACUACCACCUGGACUGGAAGUAGGAGCGCACCAUACACACCUAAUUUGCCUCACCACCAAAACGGCCAUCUUCAGCACCACCCGCCUAUGCCGCCCCAUCCCGGACAUUACUGGCCAGUUCACAAUGAGCUUGCAUUCCAGCCUCCCAUUUCCAAUCAUCCUGGUGUUCUCUCCUAUUUACCUCCUGUAGCUCCUGAGUAUUGGUGUUCCAUCGCUUACUUUGAAAUGGAUGUUCAAGUAGGAGAGACAUUUAAGGUUCCUUCAAGCUGCCCUAUUGUUACUGUUGAUGGAUAUGUGGACCCUUCUGGAGGAGAUCGCUUUUGCUUGGGUCAACUUUCCAAUGUUCACAGGACAGAAGCCAUUGAGAGAGCAAGGUUGCACAUAGGCAAAGGUGUGCAGUUGGAAUGUAAAGGUGAAGGUGAUGUUUGGGUCAGGUGCCUUAGCGACCAUGCAGUCUUUGUGCAGAGUUACUACUUAGACAGAGAAGCUGGGCGUGCACCUGGAGAUGCUGUUCAUAAGAUCUACCCAAGUGCAUACAUAAAGGUCUUUGACUUGCGUCAGUGUCACCGUCAGAUGCAGCAGCAGGCGGCCACCGCACAGGCUGCCGCCGCCGCCCAGGCAGCAGCUGUGGCGGGAAAUAUCCCUGGCCCCGGAUCAGUAGGUGGAAUAGCUCCAGCCAUCAGUUUGUCAGCGGCUGCCGGCAUUGGCGUUGAUGACCUUCGUCGCUUGUGCAUACUCAGGAUGAGUUUUGUGAAAGGCUGGGGACCGGAUUACCCAAGACAAAGCAUCAAAGAAACGCCUUGCUGGAUUGAGAUUCACUUACACCGGGCCCUCCAACUCUUAGAUGAAGUGCUUCACACCAUGCCUAUUGCCGACCCACAGCCUUUAGACUGAGGUCUUUCACUGUCGGGGCCCUUAACGUUGUCAGGAUGAUGGACUAUAAGAUACAAUCCUGUUUAUAAUCCGAAUAUAUAUUUCACUUUUGUUCUGCUUUAUCUUUUCAUAAAGGGUUGAAAAGUGUGUUUGCUGCCUUGCUCCUAGCAGACAGAAACUGGAUUAAAACAUUUUUUUUUUUUUUCCUAUUUAGAACUUUUCAGGCAUGGCUCAGAGCUUGAAGAUCAGGAAAAACACAUUCUUAUUAAAUCCUCACCAGUUAUGUAUGAAGGAAUCAUUCCAGUGCUGGAAAAUUUAGCCCUUUAAAAUGUCUUAGAGUCUUUUAUAUGCAGAACAUUGAUACAUGUGUUAUUCUACAGAAUAAAUUCAAUAUUGCUGAUUUUAAAGGAGAGAAGUUCUCAAAGUUAAUUCACCUAUGUUAUUUUGUGUGCGAGUUGUUAUUGUUGAACAUACUUUACUCCAAAUAUUGUGCCAUGUGGGUGAGUUAAUUUUACCAAGAGCAACUUCACUCUGUGUUUAAAAAAUAAGAUAGUAAUGUAUUAUAACCUUUUAUCCAAAAUAUUUUUUUGCAAGUUAAACUAGUGAAGAUGAUUUCAAUUCAGAUGGUCUUGCAACUUCAGUUUUAUUUUUGCCAAGGCAAAACACUAAUCUGUGUGUAUAUUGAGAAUUCCUUACAAUUACUCCACAGAGAAAUACCAUUUAAAAUUAACAUUUGUUAUCCCUGUUGGGUAACUAUUAAGAACUACUCUUGCCCUGUUAUACAGUAGAUGUAUUCUUCUCUAUUUCUAGGCAUAAGGUUGGUCACUAAGUAGCCUAGAAGAGGAAUUUCUUUCCUUCAUGAAUUCAUAAGGAAAGGUUUUGUAUUUUUAAAAACACUAAAAGCAGUGUCACUCCACCUAAUAUCUCACUGUUCUGCAAAGGUGGCAAUGCUUAAACUAAAAGUGAGUAUUUUGGAAACUGCUAAAUUCUAUGUUAAAUACUGUGCAGAAUAAUGGAAACAUUACAGUUCAUAAUAGGUAGUUUGGAUAUUUUUGUACUUGAUUUGAUGUGUGACUUUUUUUUCGUAUACUGUUUAAAUCAUGUAUGUUAUGACAUUGUUUAAAAUUCAGUUUUUGUAUCUUGGGGCAAGACUGCAAACUUUUUAUACCUUUUGGUUAUUCUAAGCCCUUUGCCAUCAAUGAUCAUAUCAGUUGGCAGUGACUUUGUAUAGAGAAUUUACGUAGAAAAGUUGCAAAUGUAUUGACUGUACCACAGACACAAUAUGUAUGCUUUUUACUUAGCUAGUAGCAUAAAUAAAACCGGAUCUCAACAUACCAAGUUGAA